AUGGUGCUGACAAUGCUAACGACGAAUCAGAUACGAAAGACAGAAUGCAUCUUUCUUGUCUUAAAGUCAAAUAUCCUUUACUGUCGUCUGCUUCCCCUACGGGGGUUAAUCUCUCCCCAACAUGCGCUAGACAUUUUCUUUUUUUCUUCUCUGCCCUCUGCCCUAUCUAUCUAUCUAUCUAUCUAUCUAUCUAUCUAUCUAUCUAUCUAUCUAUCUAUCUAUCUAUCAUCUAUCUAUCUAUCUAUCUCUUCUAUCUAUCUAUCUAUCUAUCUAUCUAUCUAUCUAUCUAUCUAUCUCAGCCUGUUCUUUAUCUAUCUAUCUAUCUAUCUAUCUAUCUAUCUAUCUAUCUAUCUAUCUAUCUAUCUGUCUGUCUGUCUUUUUAUUUCUAUUUAUCUAUUUGUCUAUAUCUCGCAUCUGUCUCUUUCUCCCUCCCUCUCUCUCUAUAUAUAUAUGUGUAUGUCUCUCUAUAUAUCGCAAUCUGAUAUCUAUCCAUCUAUCUAUCUAUCUAUCUAUCUAUCUAUCUAUCUAUCUAUCUAUCUAUCUCAGUCUUGUUGUUUCUAUUUAUCUAUUUGUCUAUCUCUCUCUUUCUCUCUCCUUCCUUCCUCUCUCUCUCUCUCCCUCUCUCUCUCUCUCUCUCUCUAUAUAUAUAUAUAUAUAUAUAUAAGUCUAUCUCUCUAUAUGUUGUGGUCUGAUAGUUUCUAUCUAUCUAUCUAUCUAUCUAUCUAUCUAUCUAUCUCAGUCUUGUUGUUUCUAUUUAUCUAUUUGUCUAUCUCUCUCUUUUCUCUCUCCCUUCCUUCCUCUCUCUCCUCUCUCUCUCUCAUAUAUAUAUAUAUAUAUAUAUAUAUAUAUAUAUAUAUAUAUAUAUAUAUAUAUGUUGUCUAUCUCUCUAUAUGUUGCGUCUAUCUAUUGUAUCUAUCUAUCUAUCUAUCUAUCUAUCUAUCUAUCUAUCUCAGUCUUGUUGUUUCUAUUUAUCUAUUUGUCUAUCUCUCUCUUUCUCUCUCUCCCUUCCUUCCUCUCUCUCCCUCUCUCUCUCUCUCUCUAUAUAUAUAUAUAUAUAUAUAUAUAUAUAUAUAUCUAUCUCUCUAUAUGUUGCGGUCUGAUGGUUUCUAUCUAUCUAUAUCUAUCUAUCUAUCUAUCUAUCUAUCUAUCUCAUUUGUAUCUAUCUCUAUCUAUCUAUCUAUCUAUCUAUCUAUCUAUCUAUCUAUCUAUCUAUCUCAGUCUUUUUGUCUAUCUAUCUAUCUAUCUAUCUAUCUAUCUAUCUAUCUAUCUAUCUCAUUUGUAUCUAUCUAUCUAUCUAUCUAUCUAUCUAUCUCAUUUGUAUCUAUCUAUCUAUCUAUCUAUCUAUCUAUCUAUCUAUCUAUCUAUCUCAGUCUUGUUGUUUCUAUUUAUCUAUUUUUUGUAUCUAUCUAUCUAUCUAUCUAUCUAUCUAUCUAUCUAUCUCAUUUGUAUCUAUCUAUCUAUCUAUCUAUCUAUCUAUCUCAUUUGUAUCUAUCUAUCUAUCUAUCUAUCUAUCUAUCUAUCUAUCUUUUAUUGUUUCAGUUUAUUGUUUCUGUUUAA